CUUGAUCAAAAGAAAGUUACUGAAGAAGGAUAUGAAACUCUCAUAAAAAGAAUUAUUGAGGAAUUUGAACAUCAUGUUCAAGAGGAAGAAAAUGAUGUCUAUCCAAAACUCAAAUCUUGUUUAGCUGAUGAUGUAUUAAUGAAAGAAGGAGAGAAAUACGAAAAAACUCGCCAUACAGUUCCUACUCGUCCCCAUCCAUCCGCUCCGGACCGACCACCUCUUGAAACUGUAGCCGGAAUGGCACAAGCUCCGAUUGAUAAAGGCCUCGAUCAAGUACGUGAAUUUGUUGAAACCAAUCGUGGAAAGAUCUGA